UCGAACGUUCAGCAUAAUUAAACCGUAAGUUUUAACUGUACUUAACACGUAAAGUUUACGAGAAAAUUUUUAAGGAGCUACUAACGUGAGUAACUUGUGUCACUAAUAAGCAAUAUUAUUUCAUUUAUGAAAUCCCAUUUACUUUAUAAUCUUUAAAUUAACAAAUGUUUUUUGAAGAUGACAUGUUGUAAAUUGUAUACUAAUUCUGAUUGCAUUUAGAUAAAUCCUCCUCUUUAUAAUUAGGAAGUAGUCCCAGAAAGAGAAGUCGCUUUAAAUCACGAGAAUAUUGAAGCAACACUCAAAACAGCAGUGUGAUCUGUGACUUUCACCAUAUGAAAAAUGCAUCGAAAGUGACAUUGUUUGGUUAUUUCUGGUUGAAAAAACUAUAGAUUACGUCAACGUUUAAUCCUAUUCCUUAUGACAUGUGAAAACCCUAUUUCGAACUUUGAAUUCACCCACAGCGAAAACGUUUUUGCAUUAAACAUCAAUGGCAGUUGAAUUAGCAAACUUCCGAUCGCAACUUUUGAUACAUUUUUCCUCUACAUUAACCAUAUGAUCUCAACUCGAGAAACACAUGUUAGUGAAUUUCAAAUUUAUUCUACUUCACAGGUUAUCCAGCUCUCAACAUUUUGCUUAGAAUUACAAACGUUAUUAUCUGUCACCCACGAAAAUAAGAAGUGCUCUACAUCUUGAAAAAAUCACGAAGCUUAAGGCUUGCAUUCCGGAAAUUUUUCUGAGUAAAAUAUAACGGAUGCAUCUGGGCGAAACCACGAUUACAUUGAGAUUUUCAUGGGUUUAAUUUUUAAAUUUGUUCUUUCUCACUUAAUAAUCAAUUUAGUGUUACUAGAUAUCAGAGGACUACUUUGUGUAGUAGGGGUAGGUUUAAAUUUGUCGUCGUAGAAUAAACGUAUUUAUCCAUAUUUGUUUGGUAAAGGUUAAAUCUUGAUCUUGUGUAUAAGUUACCCUACAAUUAAAUACUAUCUCCAACCUUAUCAAUUUGACUGCACAGUAAUUUAGAGAGAUCCUGAAAAUCAUUUAUUGGCGCCAUCAUCUAUGACAUGAAGUGUGAUCUAAAUAUAUUCAAAAAUCAACUGUUGUUAGAAGACUGUAAAAGAUGUUCUUCAAGGACUGGAUAUUGGUCUAAAUGUUUGAAAUUCACAUCGACGAUUCACUAAUAAUAGAUUAUAGUCGUUACGUAUUGUUAGAUCUCAAAAAGUGUAUUUUUCGGCUUUAAAUGCCUGAUGGAACCUAUGUUUUGUAAGUUUAAGAGCAAACAGAAUAUAUGAUGACGAUAUGAACUGUACGUUAUACGCGGAUUUGUAUGACUACACUUCUUAUACUCACAUCACGUAAUAAAUCAGACAGUGGUUGCACGUCCAUGAAUUUUAAUAAGACCGUUCUUUAUAGUUGAUUUUCUGCUUGUGGUUUUAAUCUAUGUUUACUUUCUUUAAUAUAAUUUUUGUGUUUCGCCGAAGAAAUGAACUUUUAUGUUUCAGCGAAUUCCUCAUAUGAACUCAUGAACUUUCCUUGCCUUCAAAUUCUCACAGCACAAAUCUCUUCUUGUGAUUCCACUUCCAGUGAUCAUAAGUUAUCAAACCAGUUUAUUUUUGUCCAACUAUAUAUAGCCGUUAAUCAAGGGUUGAAAUCCAUUAAUAGUAAAGAAUUGCGAAGCUUUUGAGCUUGGUGUUUAUUCACCUUUGUUUUCCUCACGAUAGUCCUUAAUUGGGCCCCUCAUCAGUUUGAAAGGGUCUAAACAGUCAUUUUUAGUUAAACUUUGUUCAAAAACCAUCAAUUGAUAAAUAUCUAUUUACAGGUGGAUUAUUAUUUUUCAGAAUCCAGGUGCUUAAUUUUUGAAUGGAAAUCUUUAAACUUGGAGAGGUUGAACCUCUUAAAGAUGAUGAUUUUCGUCGCUUUAAGAGCUUUGUUAAAGAUGAAACAAACUGGAAACGCCGACAUAAAAAGAAGAAUGUAGAGGUUUUCACACGCUCAACUCCACAUACCAAUAUGAAAAUGAUCAAAGUUGUAGCAAUAUUUCCAGACGUAUCGUCGCAUGUGAUAUAUGACAUGUUGCAUGACAACAACUAUCGAUCGUCGUGGGACAAUACUAUGAGGGAGUCGACUGAAAUUUGCCGUAUUACAUGGAACUGUUAUAUCGAACAUUUCGGAUGUAGGUUCCAAUAUAUUUUAACUUUUGUAGUCAGAGCACCAUUUGCGUUUGCUAAUCGCGACUUUGUUUUAUUGCGCGCGUGGCAACCAUAUGAACAUGAAUACAUUAUAUUCAAUCGAUCAGUAUUCCACAAGAAAGUGCCUCCACGACCAGAGUAUGUGCGGGCCCUGACAUUCAUUACUGGUUAUGUUAUUACUGCCCUUAGUCCUGUAUCAUGUCAGUUAAUGUAUUUAACGCAGUACGAUCUGAGAGGUGACAUACCAUCAUGGGCAAUAAACCUGGCAACCACAAAGGUAGCUCCACGUCUUGUAAAGUCACUUCAUCGGGCUGCUCUCUGCUAUCCAGGUUGGAAAGCUCAAAACAGACCAGAAUUUAAACCAUGGCGAAAUCCUGAACAACAAGACAAAUCAGUACCUGCACUGUGUUAUAGUGAUAUUUUGAGGGAACCCGACUUUUCCCUGAAGAAGGUUCAUGAAAAGCAUGUGAGCAAAGAAAAAGCCCUGAAGGAAGUUGGUUUACCGCUUGACACGAAGUUGGAUGAAGAUAGCUCCUAG